CACUGAACGCGCGUUGGAGUGCACUACUACACUGUUACGUUCUAUAGUGUUACAAAUAAAACUGAACCCUUAUUUGCUUACUCAAUUCGUUAGUCGAAUUACAGCCGUCUCUCUAGACGUCUGCUUUUACUAUUUCACUAGUAAUUUUAUUUUAAUAAAUAUUUAUAAUGAUUGAUUAGUUAAUUAACGAUAAUAAUAUUAAUUAUUAUUACAAUCAGUGUUCACGUACAAAUUUUUUUUAAAUUGUUAACUAUUAAUUUUAAAUUUUAAGUAUGGCUUGUCCAAUGGGUUAUGGCAUAUACGAAGACACCAGUCAAUUAGGCGACCAAUUAACUGAAGGUUCAGGUGCUGGUCUUCUUUACAGCGAAUAUCUGCGUCUUGAUAAAAUUCUUUCAGCUCAACAACUGCUCAGUGCUGAAUUCAAAAAAGAAGUCCACGAUGAGCAUCUUUUUAUCGUCACUCAUCAAGCUUACGAGCUUUGGUUCAAACAAAUAAUUUACGAGCUCGAUUCAGUUCGAAAACUGUUCAAUUCCGAAGCUGAGACCAUAGAAAAUAAUAUAAACGAUAAUUCAUCCGAUGACAGCAAAAAAUCAGUCAACUAUCAACGUCUAGACGAGUCGCAGACACUAGAAAUUCUCAAAAGACUCAACCGCAUUGUCCUUAUACUCAAACUUUUAGUGGAUCAAGUGACUAUUCUAGAGACUAUGACACCCCUAGACUUUAUGGAUUUUCGUGAUUACCUAUCACCAGCAUCCGGAUUUCAGUCACUGCAAUUUCGUUUGUUGGAGAACAAACUUGGAGUUAAACAAGAGCAUCGCGUAAGAUAUAAUCAGUGCUAUACUAAAGUAUUUGGAAAAGAUCCUGAGGCUAUUGAGGCAAUUAAAAAAUCUGAAUGCGAACCAAGUUUAAGUAAUUUAGUUCAAGAGUGGCUUGCACGUACACCUGGACUUGAGGAAAAUGAUUAUAAUUUCUGGGGAAAGUACCAGAGCGCCGUCGAGCAGAUGCUCGAUGAACAAGAGGCAACAGCCCAGAAACAAUCAAAAGAUAGUGUACGUACACAUAUAAAAGCAAAUGUUGCCUCGAAAAAAGCUGUUUUUGAAACAAUAUUCAACCAGUCUCUCCACAAUGCUCUGUUAGCACGAGGCGAAAGACGAUUUAGCUAUCGAGCUCUUCAAGGUGCAGUUAUGAUAACACUUUAUCGAGAUGAACCACGAUUUAGUCAGCCUCAUCAAAUAUUAACGGCUUUAAUGGAUAUCGACUCCUUAAUUACUAAAUGGAGGUAUAACCAUGUGAUUAUGGUUCAGAGAAUGAUUGGAUCCCAGCAAUUAGGAACUGGUGGCUCCUCAGGCUAUCAUUAUUUAAAAUCAACAUUGAGUGAUAGAUACAAAGUAUUUCUGGACCUAUUCAAUCUCUCAACGUUCUUGAUACCCCGAAAUUUGAUUCCGCCGUUGACGAAACAAAUGAAAACGAAACUCUCGAUAGCCUGGGGCUGUUGGGGACACGAAGACGAAGGAUCUGAUCUGAACGCUUCUGAAAGUUCUGUUGAGGAAUCUCUCUGA